AGGUGCUUUCCUCUCCCGGAGGAGGCCUUGCGAAGGUCAUUUCCGCUUCCGCUGAGCUGCGAGAGGGAGGAAGGAGGAGGAGGAGUGGCUGCUGGUGCUGCUCUCUUGGCGCCCCCCAGGAAAAUGUCAGCUGCUGAUGAAUUUUCGCUGGCGGAUGCUCUACCAGACAGCUCCCCUGCCAAGACCUCAGGAGUCGGCAACGCAAAACCUGCUCAGCAGCCCGGCCAACCCCCACAAGCCUGGCCAGCUUCCAACCCCUGGAAUAACCCUCCAAGCGCCCCCCCUGCAGCUCCCUCUGGGUUGCCUCCCAGCACGUCCACCUCCAACGUCUCCUUUGGCCCGCCCCCCACAGGGAUGUAUCCUUCCCUUCCCCCUGGAGCCCCGGCUCCUUUUCCGCCUCCGCCUCCUGGGUCCACAUGUCCUCCUCCAGGUGCCCCCUACCCACCCCCAGGCCCUGUUCCGCCAGGGCAGUACCCUCCACCAAACAUGCCCUUUCCAGAGCUUCCGAGGCCCUAUGGGGGUCCAGCAGAGCCGGCUGCGCCCCCCACCGCUGUUGGGCCAUGGGGAUCCAUGCCGUCCGGAGGGUGGGGGCCCACAGUAGGCGGCCAGUAUCCUGCGCCUAGCAUGCCAUAUCCACCCCCAGGGCCCUAUUCUACUCCAACCCAGACCCCAGGGGCUGCACCCACAGUGCCAUGGGGUGCUGUGCCACCAGGACCGUGGGGACCUUCACCACCAGGCCCGUUUCCGCCACCCACAGGAAGCUACCCAGCUCCAGGACUGUACCCAACGCCACCUAAUCCUUACCAAGUGCCACCAGCACCGGCUGGGGCUCCGUCCAUGCCUGGUGGCCCUCAUCCCUACCGUUGAACUUGUGGCAGGCUGAAGAAGAAUCCUCUCCACCUGCAUCUCCUAUUUACAGAAAUUUUAAAAAAAACAUUUGUUUUUGGUAACCUUUUGGAGUCCUGAAGACCACACUCUUCUUCUGCACACCCCUCUGCGGUGUCAAGGAGCCUCUGCAUAAGCCGAGCUCCAUCCAGAUGCUGACGUAACCUUUUCAUUUGUCAAGAUGAAUGGAGAGAAACAAGCCGCCUGCCCCAGCUCUCUGAUCCUUACUUGAGUAAGGAUUCCAUCUUAGAAUAGGUGGGUGUUUGCCCAGUGGGUAAGAACUGCUCUGGAAUCACCUCCAGGGAUUGGUUGGAAACCCUGGACUGUCGCCACGACUGCUUUAAAUGCUGGACUUGCGGUGUUUGUCAUCCUGAUAACACAUCCUCCUUGUCUGUGUUCAGGUUAUUCAAGUCAUUUCAGUCAAUAUAUUCUGGAGGAGUUCUUGAAGAAAUGGGCUAGGCACGCUAUAACGAUUCAUCAAAUUGAACGAGAAGCAAAGCUUGUGAAUUUGAAGGGGAUUCUUAACUUCAAACUUGAUUUCUCCUAAUUUGGGGGGGGCUGUUGCAGACAUGUAGAUCUGACUCUUCAUAUGGCAUGAACCUGGGUGUUGUUUUGCAGGUCAGUUUGACUGGGUGUUCAGGCAGUUGAGAUCCAUACUUGUAAGAGGCUAGUUUGCCGGCUGAAUUAUUCUCCAUAGUUUUGUUAAAGAGAGAGCCGUGCUAAAUCUGGGAAUAAAGCUUCUUGGAUAUCAGCUUGACCAGUGUGCCCCAAAAGCUCUUUGGUGUGUUGUGCCCGACUCCUGUAAACUAAAAUCUGAAUUUAAGCAUUGGGGGCAGGAUGGGGAAGAUUAGAAACAUCCUUUAUUUUCCAGUUAUCCUCAAAAAAUCUGUACCUAGCUGAACUCUCGCCCUCUCUAGGAAAUUAGUUGUUUUGACAUCAGGGUUCCAUUCUUCUUGGGGGUAAUUUUCUCCCGGACUGGAUGGCAAGGUACAGUCUAAGAUUAUAUAGUUGGAAAUCUCUAUGGUCUGGCUCAUAGAAUGUCCUCCUGAUGUUGGAGGUGCCUCCUUCUGCAAUUCUUUCUCAAACCACCUCUGUUUAACUGAGUAAAACAUUCACGGCAGAUGCAAGAGGAGGUGCAAGGGCAGUUUUGCUUUUCCUGCAUGUACCUCUGCCGUCUUGGAAUUCCUCACUACUCUGCUCUAUUAAAUCUGUUAUUCAUGGGGCCCCAAUAGAGUGGCAUUCGGAGCUCCAUUUGUUGCUGCUAGGAUGAGCAGUUUCUCUCUUUAGGACAGCCUUGUAAAUAAGUCCACAAGUUAAAAGCCCAUUAAAAAAAUUGCUAGUCCAUUUGCCUGCACGUACUUGCAUUUUUGUGGCCCCCUCAGCAGCCCAGAUGGUGUGUCCAAGGCCCAUCUCCUCCCUGCUUCACGGAAGCUUCUGUCUGGUUGCUCGAAGACACUCUCCAUAGGGAGGAGCUGAUUGACAAGCUUGCUUUAGGAGAUUGCUUUGCAGGAGGAUCUCAGCCAACUGAUGUUUCUCUUCCCAAGAACUGGCAGAACCACCUAAAAUGGAACAGUGGGGGUGGGUACGCCACAAGCUGUCUUUCCAUGGUGGUGGCAAAGGUUCUAAUUGAAGCCUGGAGUAGCUCCGGUAUAUGGAUGUGAAUGCUAAUUUUGUAACAGAGAGCGGGGGAAAUGGCACCCCGCGCAUGCAGAGCCUUUCUUGUCUGUCAGUCUCAUGUGAGUUUGCAGCACACGUUCAUUUCUUGUUCAUUGCAUGCCGUCUGCAGGUCUUCCUUCAAGGUUGAGCUUCUCUCGUGGGAAUAUCUUGCAUUUUCCCAGCAGUUAAAAGGCACACUGUUUUGUACUUGGGGAAAUGCACUUCUUUCCCAGAUUGCACAUGCAUUGCUAUUGUGACUGCCGUGUGGAAUGUCAUUGUGCAGCUCGCAAGCGACUAUUGCAUGUUGCUUUGUGAUGUGGUUAGUAAUGAAUAAUGACCCGUUCCCUGUCUCCUGCAUCCCCACCAGGAUCAUUGUGUUGUAGGCUGCAAGUGAGGUCCUGCUGUCUUAGAAACCAUCUUGUUUUUUGUCUGCUAAUGCAGUUCUUUGAAGGCUGUGUCCUUCCCCUCUCCCAUGCCCAUUUCCUCCACCCCGUGUGUGCAUGUGCUCCCGUAAUCGCCUGCAGGGAUAUCUGUGUCCAUCCCCCCAGCUAAUUACAUGUAGAUGGGAGGUCAUAGUAUUGGCACUGAAAAGGGAUUUGCCAUAUUGCAGAAAAGCUAAAAUACAAUUUGGGCUUUCUUUGACUGAUUGUGGUAGAUUCCUCGGAUCAUUGCCAAUAGUCUAAUCUAAAUUAGGGUAGUUCAGUUCAUUUGUACCAGGUUGUUUCCAUCGGAUAAGGGUGAGAAAAUAGUAUGGACCAGUCUGUCAGCCUUGGAGAUGCCCAGAGCAGAAGAGUUCUAUGAAAUAUUGAAACUUUGCAUAAUGUGGACCAGAUACGUUUGUGCGUACUUUUUGUAUCACCUAAUAGUAAAUGUGCACGUUGUGAGUUCUUGGGAAUGAAAACUGCAAAAGAACAUUGGAGUUCUCAAAAGCUAAAGCAGAAUCCUCUUCCUGCAGCAGACCUAAUUUAGGCUCAUGGAACACCCAUCUUUCGGAUGUUCUUCCUCUCUGUGCUGAGGCUACCAUAUCAUGGGGGUCAUUCUCUGGCAACAGGGGGUCUGUGGCCCACCUAGACAGGAGCAGGCAGACCUGUCAGCCUAACGAAGCAGAGUUGUGUCUGCACCCUUCCUAGACAGAAAAUAAAGCCCCUCCAGAGCAAAGCAGGGUGUGCAUGUGUGGUAGUGGUGCCCUGUUUUAAACUCUGGGUUUGAUGGAAAGGUUGGUCACCCCUGCUUUAUACGCUCCAAAUAUGAGUCGGUAACAGCUUAAUGCAGGGCUGUGGGCGCUAAUUGGAAUUCUGCAACCAGGCAACCCAGACAAACCUGGAUUCUGUGGUCCAGAUGAGCCAAGGUGCACAUAACUUCCAUUGUUACCCUUUUGCAUUAUACUGGUGUAUUUGGCAUGAGGAAGGACUGGGAGUGAGGCCGGCUGCUGAAGACCUUCUUUAACCCCCUCAUGGCUCCGGACACUCCAGCAGCAAUUGAGCUAGUAGAGAGAGAGAGAGAGAUGAGAUUCUGAAGAAGCCAAAUCCUGUGCCCCAUUCUGCCCCCUUUACAGAAUUGCUGCAUAAACACAGCCCUGCCCUACAUAGGGAUAUAUCAAAUGAUAAGUGAUUGCAGUCGCACCAUUUGAGUGCUGAAAGCCCUCCCACCUUUUGGCUGAGAGAAGAAUAGUUCCCGCUUCUGGCCUGUGGGUGUGUGUGGAAGAAGAGAGUGAAAACUACUGCUAUUUAAAAUGUCUGUAAGUGUCCACUGUCUGCUCAUGUCCAGCUCCUAUUGAAAAAGUUCCAAAACCAGAGCCAGACUUUGAAAAAUGGGCCCGAUUCAUCCACAGACUGCAGGGCUGGAAAUGAAGUCUGCUCAUUGGGGAGACGCCGAUCAGCAUCUUGGCUUCAUAUUAGUCCUUGAUGACCCAAGAACUGCUUGAACCACCACCCUGCACCCCUCUUGCCUCAAUCUUGUGAGAACCUGGCCCCCUAGCCAUGAAAGGCUCCUCGCUCUUAAAAAUAGGUUGUCUGAUACCGUGUAGUAAAACCUUUUAGCCAUUCUGUCCAGAGCGUGAGCGACUUUGGGCCCCCGAUGCUUGUCAUGCCAUGGAGUUUGUGUCGUUCAGAUUGUGUUCUUUGUGAGUUUUCGAAACAGCUGAGAAGUUUGGGGUUGUGUUUUUCGCUUGUGCUUCUGGGAUGGACAUUAACUGCAUUUGUUUACAAUAUGGAAUUAUUAAGCAAUCACACUUCUGAAGUAUAUAGACCAUAUCACUUGCUGCUGUAAUUUUUUUUUUCUUUUUAGAUGACAAAAAUAUUUGCCGUAUUAUGGUAGUGAAGAGGCUUUAAAUACAGGAUUUGAUAUUUUUUUGAAAAUGCUGUCACGUUUUGUAUACAACUAGACAUUAAACGUAUUUUCAAGAUCA